AUGCCUACCAUAGAGCCAGGAAGCACAGUCCUCGUCACCGGCGCCAACGGCUACAUCGCCCUCUGGGUGACUAAAAUCCUUCUCGACAAAGGGUACCACGUCCGAGGGACCGUAAGGUCAGCCAAAAAAUCCCAAGAGGUGAUGAACACCUUCAAAUCCUAUGGCGAUAAAUUGGAGAUUGUCGUUGUUUCGGACGUUAUGAAGGAGGGAGCGUUCGACGACGCUGUGAAAGAUGUGGCGGGGAUUGAACACCUUCUGUCUCCUUGCCAUAUGGAGGGCGAGGAUCCCAAAGACUACAUCGAUCCAGCAGUCAACGGUACCCUCGGUAUCCUCAACAGCGCUCUCAAGAACGGACACGACGUGAAGCGAAUUGUCAUAACCUCCAGCAUCGCCGCCAUAACUGAGACCCUUCCCCACCCCAAGACAUUCAGCGAGAAAGACUGGAACGAAGGAUCUCUCAAGGAAGUUAAGGAAAAAGGAAGAGAUACGGCGGUGUUGACGAAGUACCAGGCGUCCAAGACGCUUGCCGAGAGAGCUGCAUGGGAUUUCUACGCGAAGCAUAAGAAGGAAGUGAAGUGGGAUCUGACGGUUAUCAACCCUCCAUACCCCACGCUCCAAAACAUCUCAUCCCCCACCUCGCUCAACGCCUCCAUGGCCCUAUGGUGGGACGUCGUCGCCUCCAAAGACGCGCCUACCAUCUCCAAGUCGCUACCCGUCUCAAAAGGGUCUUCGUGGGUUGACGUCCGCGACGUAGCCCAAGCGCACGUCCUCGCUUUGGAGAACGAAAAAGCUGGCGGAGAGAGGAUCAUCGUGGCUGAGGGCCCGUUUGUUUGGAAGGAAUGGCUCGAGUCAGCCAACACAGUCACGCCCUCCAACGCCAUCCAAACCAAACUGGCAAACCAAGGGAUCAAAAGUACGACAGACGUCUAUCGAGAUCUUAUGGACACGUCCAAGGAGCAGAAGAUCUUCGGUUUGAAGCUCAGAUCCAUGAACGAGACUACCAAAGACAUUUUGGACGACUUUGAGAAACGGGGGUGGUUGGAGAGGGAGAGUAUGCAACCGAAGGCUAUUGACUAA